UCUGUUAAGCCACCCCUCCCUUCUCUGCAAGCAAAUUAUAGUGUCCUAGGCUCCUAGCCUCACUUCAUGUUCGUCCUCAGUGCAGGGCAACAGAUACCCUAACGUGUGAACAUGGCUUCUUUCAUUAAGUGCUGUCCCUUUUACACACGGGACCCCACUGUGUUCCUGCGGGUUGCCCGUCCCUUGCUCAUGCGCAGUGCCGAACACUGCCCUGUCAUGGUGACCCGCAGCCUAUCCACCUCUGCAGGACUACAGCAACGAUCUAAGGACGCUGUGCCGCCUACUGGAGUUUCCACUGGAGCCACCAACAGGCGCACACUCGCUCAAGCUGCCCCGCAGGCUGCGAGUGCCAAUGCUAAGUGUCCAUUUAUUGAGACAGAGAUGGACAAGGAACAGAGUGUAUUUGUACAAAGAGCUGGACCGGAGGUGCAGGAGGAUUUAAAGACUUUCAAAGCAGAUGCUCUAAGCUCCCUGUUCAUCGAAGUUCAGACAAGCCUGAAGAACAAAUUCCUUGGAUCUCCUAAAAAAGUAAAUCUUGGAACUGGUGCUCCAUUCACGCCAACUCAUCUGCUUAAAGAAAACCUGUCAGGUGGAGCUGCCUUUGGCUAUGAUGAGUUCUUUAGCCGGAGGAUUGAGGAGAAGAAACAGGACCACACGUACCGGGUGUUCAAAACUGUGAACCGCAAGGCCGAUGCUUACCCGUUCGCUGAAGAUUUCUCUGACCUCCAGGGCGAUAAGAAGGAAGUGUCUGUAUGGUGCAGCAAUGACUACCUGGGCAUGAGCAGGCACCCAAGGGUGCUCCAAGCAAUUUCGGAGACCCUGAGAGAGCAUGGUGCUGGGGCAGGAGGUACAAGAAACAUCUCUGGAACUAGCAAAUACCAUGUGGACCUUGAAAAUGAACUGGCCGACUUACACUACAAGGAUGCCGCUCUGCUCUUCUCCUCUUGCUUUGUGGCAAAUGAUUCCACUCUCUUCACUUUGGCAAAGAUGUUACCAGGUUGUGAGAUAUACUCGGAUGCUGGGAAUCAUGCAUCUAUGAUCCAGGGCAUCCGAAACAGUGGUGUCGCGAAAUAUGUUUUCCGCCACAAUGAUCCAGCUCAUCUGGAGGAGAUUCUUCAAAAAUCUGAUCCAAAGAGGCCCAAAAUCGUAGCAUUCGAGACUGUCCACUCUAUGGAUGGUGCAAUUUGCCCCCUGGAGGAGAUGUGUGAUGUGGCACACAAGUACGGGGCCCUUACGUUUGUGGAUGAGGUUCAUGCUGUGGGAUUGUACGGGGCCCGGGGAGCAGGCGUUGGAGAGAGAGAUGGAAUCAUGCAUAAGAUGGACAUUAUCUCAGGAACACUAGGGAAGGCAUUUGGCUGUGUGGGAGGUUAUGUGGCAAGUGCAGCUUCUCUCAUAGAUACAGUGCGCUCCUACGCAGCUGGUUUCAUUUUCACCACAUCCCUCCCACCAAUGGUGCUCGCUGGUGCUUUGGAGUCCGUGCGGGUUCUUAAGAGUGAAGAAGGACAAUCACUCCGUCGUGCUCAUCAGCGAAACGUGAAGCACAUGCGUCAGCUGCUGAUGGACGCAGGGCUACCUGUCAUCAACUGCCCAAGCCAUAUCAUCCCUAUUAGGGUUGGGAAUGCAGCUCUAAAUACCAGGAUUUGUGAUGUCCUCUUGUCCGAAUACAACAUCUACGUACAGGCUAUCAAUUACCCGACUGUCCCCCGUGGGGAAGAGCUGCUGCGACUGGCUCCCUCUCCACACCACACUCCAGUAAUGAUGAGCUACUUUGUGGAGAGCCUGUUGAAAACAUGGAAAGAGGUUGGCAUGCCUACCCAGCUGCCCUCUGCCGCAGAAUGCAACUUUUGCCACCGUCCCCUGCACUUUGAUCUGAUGAGCGAAUGGGAGCGCACCUACUUUGGGAACAUGGAACCAAAGUACAUCACCAUGUAUGCGUAAACCAAACUUCAUUCCUUCACAAAGUCCAGAAAAUAGCCAUGCAACCUCCGCAAACUAUCCUAUCAGAUACGCGUGAUUUAUAUAUAUAUAUACAUUUCCUAUCCCAGCGAGCACCAGCUUAUUCCUUACACCUACACCUCACAUAAUAUGGGGGGUCAGGUUACCCUUUAAUGGGAGCCUGUUUACAAAAACUGUGUCCUACAGAGCAGCAUUGAUUUAGAUGCAGUGUUACACUAUGUCAAUUCAAUUACCAUCUGUUUUAUAGAAGGGCAUCCGACAUUGCAGUGGUAACCCAACCAGUCAUCAAGCCACAUCAACAAUCAGACCUUCCCUAGUUCUGUUCCAACUAGGUGUGCCUAGAUGACAAAUACUAACAGCUGACAUAUUGGAAUCUGGUGAUCUACCAAGGUUCCAACACCCUCCAACCCCCACCAGCACUAUUCUAUAUAUUGUGGCAUAGUGCAAAUGUUACCUGCUCCCAUACCUUGCCUCCUAUACAUAUAUAACAUAUAAAGCUAGUUUCCUUAGUCACAAAUAGGGCAUUAAUUUAAACAUAUUUACAUUAAAUACAUAUUUAUAUGCACAAGUAUAUUUUCAAGUUCACUUAGUAAUGUCUUAAAGGACAUAUUUCACCUCAAAAACUAUAUCAAUAUAAUUACCUUUUCAUCAAGUUUUGAAAGGAUAUAUAUAUAUAUUAGUUUUCAGGUGACCGUUAAAGAAAUAAUGCCCAUUGUGUUCAUUAUUUUUCGUUUUGUUACAGUCAGUCUAUAAAUAAGCACAUUUAAAUAUUGCAGCCUCUGUUUCCAGGUGUUGAGGGGUCCAUGGCUUCACAAGGACUUUUGAAGUUUAAAGUGUUCACACAAAGAAAACUGACAAUAAACCUAUUACUGGUGUGAUCUCUA